GUGUGUGUGUGUGCGCGCGUUUUGACGGAUCUUGGAGGUUAGGUCGAAGCAGACGACGUCGAUGAUUCACGCGUUUACAUAACGUACACACUUGUGUACGCUCCGCACGUGUUCUCGCAACCGGUUAGCACCGGUUUCGCGUGUCUUUUUCUUCCUUUUUUUUUUUAAUAAUUAUGAUUUGUCAAUAUUUCGCGGGAGGCCCGUGAGACACCGAAGUGUGUACUCCAUGCGAAGUGAAAACACCGUCGAGACGCACACCAGUUGUCAUAUCAUGCUCGCAAAUAUUUCCCCGGGUCGGGAAACCUGCUCUCAGUGGGUUAACGCGAGAUAACCAUCUAAUUAGAGACAUUUUUCCUCGUUAUCAGCUCGAUGACGUUGCCAAGUAACUUCAUAGCUGCUUUUAAAAUUUCAACGCCCUCGAUCGGGUCGCUGGAUCGAACGGUGACGGAGAGGCGUUUCGUCGCGCAGAGAUGUUUCACGAGCCGGAGGAGUCGGCGAUCCUCUCGAAGAGCGAUGUCCUGCUCACAUCGUUCGUCUCAGGUGCUCUUGCAGGAAUCCUUUGUGACGUGACACUCUUCCCGCUGGACACCCUCAAGACACGGUUGCAGAGCCAGCAUGGGUUUUUCCAAUCCGGAGGCUUUAAACAGUUGUACAAAGGCGUUGGACCUGUCAUCCUGGGUUCUGCACCAUCAGCUGCUAUAUUUUUCAUUACUUAUGAAGGAAUAAAACAAUAUUCGCAACCACACAUACCAGAUCAGUAUCACUCCAUUAUACAUAUGAUCGCAGCAUCAUCCUCCGAAGUUACAGCUUGUUUAGUACGGGUGCCAGUGGAAGUAGUUAAACAAAGAAAACAGGCACUGCUGGCGGACACGCAUCGAUUAGCAUUAAGAACGCUAUAUCGCGGUUACGGGAGCACUGUUCUUCGUGAUAUGCCAUUUGGCUUGAUUCAAAUGCCAUUGUGGGAAUACUUCAAGCUUUGCUGGACCCGGCAGAUACAUCGGGAAUGCUCGCCUUUGGAGGGUGCCACUUGCGGUGCCGCGUCAGUUGCCAUAUCGGCUGCCAUAACAACACCGUUGGACGUCGCGAAAACUAGAAUCAUGUUGUCCAGCACAUCGGCGGAGAAGGAGGAAGUUAAGAUAUCGAUGAUGUUAAAAGAAGUUUACAGAGACAACGGCGCUAAAGGGUUGUUCGCUGGCUUCACCCCAAGAGUAACCGGCUUUACCAUUGGCGGAUUUAUAUUCUUCGGUGUUUACGAGAAAGCCCGGGAACUUUGUAUAUCCUAUUUUACGCAAUAGUCGUUUCGAUAGGUCAUUGAAUUAAAAAAAAAAAAAAUUUUUAUUGUACUAAAAUUCUAAUAAAUUUUUGCGAAUGUGUAUUUGUACACAUUCUUACAGUUGGGAUAUCGCGUAAAUAUAUGUUCUGCUAAGAUUUUACUUCGAAAGGUGAGAAUUCAAGAUAAAAUCGAAAUUUUUAUAUUUAUUACUUAAUAUUUAUAUCUAUUACUUUUCGAUUUCUUCAAGAAUGAUAGAAGUAUUAGAAUUGUACGCAGUAUUAUAGAAAGGUUUUACGUUCCUAUAUAAUAAUAAGUACAAACCUCUGCUUCGAAAUACAAAUUUGAAAGAGAGAUAGAGAGAAAGCACGUUUCUUGUUACUAUUAAUAUUAAUCCUUUCGGUACGGUGGAGCUGGCCGCGGUUACAUAUUCGUGGUACGAGGAAGUUUUCCACAAGAGUGGUUGUACUAUACGGCAGCGUAAGCUCAGUAGGCCAAUAGGCGACGGUAGUACCCAGAGAACGUUUCAUGGCCGCCGCCAAUGGGCGGCAGUAGUACCGAAAGGGUUAAAGCUAAAUAAAGACAAAACACAUGCACAUGCACGCACACACACACACACAUAAUAGAUUCACUCUGUUUUAAUUAUAUACAAAAGACUUCAUACAUAUAUCUUUUUGGAGGUACUAAUUGUUAUUAAUGCUAUUUACAAUCUUACAUAUUCAUAUAUGUUAUGCGGUAAUAAGAUAAUAGAUAUUAAAUUUGUAACUAUCAAAGGAUUUGAAAAAGAUACUGUGGCCCUUAACAAUACACAAAGUUAUAUCUCAUAUUUUGAUCGUAGAGUUUUUUCGGGAAAGCUGUGUGUUCAUUGGAUAUCACAUAUCACGCUUGUCGAGUAAAGGGCCCAAUUUUUAAAUUUGUGCGAUUAGUUUUAGUUUCGUAUACGAAAACAAGGUUCCACUAACGCUGCAAGCGCUUUGGAGCACCGUACGGAUCAUUGCAGCGUCAUUUGAACUUUAUUGGUCGAUCUUUUUCCUUGCAUUCGACUGUGAUUGGUCAAUUUUUAAGACUUAAGAGAAAGAUAAAACUAGUGCCAGCCAAUUCAGCUAAAAAGAACAGACCAAUAGAAUAGUAGUCACACGAUACUGUUGGCGUCUCUCUUCUUUUAGAAGCUCUGUAGAAGGGUCGUGUGCAUGUAGGCAUGUGUCAAGUUUGUAAAGUAAGAUGAGGGCGCUUUUCCAUCGAAGUUCGGCCGUCAUUCCAGUAUUCCAGUUUAUAAGAGGUUAAAAUGGCUGUGAGAAGUGAGGAAUAUGGGUUAAUGAAUGAUGUAAUUUUACCAUACAACGUAAUAAUAUUAAUCUAUGUAUAACUUUCACCACUUUCGACCUACGCAAAAAUUCGAUAACUUCGAGGGGAAUAUAAGUAGAAGAAAAAAUUGAACGACAUAGGGG